AUGCCAUCUCCCGUUAGCGUGCCAAGCUUCAUUACGGUUGGAUCAGUCUACAGGUACAAUCGCGAGCCGCCAUUAUUUACGUAUAUGGAUGGCAAUUUUAUGACAUCGCCCCGGGAGCCGCGCUUAUACUCCCUUCUCGAUGCUAAGCUCUAUCGACUUGGCGCCAACUCCUCUCUACUCUGGGCUGCGGAGCAUGGGAAUGAAAUUACUGCGCGUAAAGCUUUGAACGCACGUGCUUCAUUGCGAGCGUUGGGGACUGAUGAUAAAACACCGUUGAUAAUUGCAUGCCAGCGUGGUCAUGUUAAGGUCGUUGAACUCCUUCUCAAUAGAGACGGCAUCGAUCUCAACGGCGUUGUCAAUGACUGGUCCCCUCCGGAUCGCCAAUUUUCAGUUUUUGGGUCUGCACGGCAAACUAUGUCUCCACUUUUGUUUGCGGCUCAUGAGAAUCAUGCAGACAUAGUGAAGCUAUUGCUCGACCAACCUGGCGUCAAUCCACACUUUACCGACGGCUAG